AUGCCGAACCUCGAGAAGGAACUUCACAAUGGUAAUGGUAAUGGUAAUGGUAUCAAUGGAAACACAAAGAUUGACGAAGACUCCUGCAUCAACCCCCACAGUUUUGGCAUCAUCGGUGGUGGAUGGUAUGGCUGUCACAUUGCAACAUCGCUUCGCGCUCUCGGCUUUCGCGUCAAAUUGUUUGAACAGCAUAGCGACUGCUACAUGAAGCAUCUGGCAACAACCAGUUCAGGCUGCAUAUGGGCUUCUAUUAUGCCCGUCACAGUGUCAAGAGAUGGCUUUAUGCGUUUCGUCGAGCACUACCCCGAACUCAGCCGCAUUGUGCCCUUCAACAUCUACGCUGUACCCACUCAAGAUUCCCUGCUUGAUUACAAUACCUACAAGGCCACCAUGGCCUCAAGCGGGGUAGCGUUCACCGAAGGGGCACCUGCGGGUGUUCAUAUCACUAACGUUGACGGCAUUAUGUGCGUGCCCAAGAGGGUUUUGCUGUUGAGCAAGGCUCGUGCCUAUUUUGAGGCAGCACUCAAAGGAGCCCUCGAGCUUGGGCAACAAGUGGAGGAUGGCGUCUUGAUCGAAGGUGAACGCUUUGACUUUGUGGUGGAUGCGACGUGGGGGCAUUACAUGGACCUGGACCUGGAGGUAAUAUACGAGGCCACCUUGUUGCUCUACUACGAGGGGCCUUCAGAAUUUCCGGCUGUGACUUUGGUCGAUGGCCCCCUGGCUUCCGUCUACCCUACCGAAAUGCCGGGGUUGUUUACCUUGUCUAGCGUCCCCCACACGCCUCUCGGACAAUUCAAGACUGCAGCAGAAGCUCGGGCGGCACGGGACGACGUUAGCCCUGCAACCAUAUCAGCCAAGCGGGCGCUUAUGGAGGAACAGAUUAUGCACUACCUCCCCACGUUCCUCAAAACGUUCCGUUACAUUGGCCCACAGCUUGCCGUCAAGACCAAGCCGCUAGGGGCUUAUGAUGACCGCAGCUGUCGAGUUUCGCGUCGCGGCCGAGUGUUUUCUGUCAUGUCGGGAAAGAUUGACACCAUCUUUUUCGCCCAUGAGCGAAUCCUCUCGCUGAUCGACGAUGGUAGUUGA